AUGACAUGGAACUUGCAGCCGACAUGCAACAAGACAGUGACGACGACUUCGACGAAAUCUUUCGCACCCCGCCGACCCAUCCACCAAUUGUUGGGUAUUGCGGUAGUGCCCAACCCUACUCAUAGCACGCUGGCUUCUCCAAAUCCCUCUGCCAUUCUGCCUUCCCCGGUACAUGAAUUGAAUCCACUCGCCGAACAACUUGGCAAUGUGUACGGCUCCAGAGAUGCGUAUGGACGAGCUACUACGGUCAACUCGCAAACCACAGCUGCGGAAACCGCCCGUGGUGGCCUUAUGUGUUUGCUCCAGCCUCGAGAACUGCUGCCUCAACAAUCUUUUGCACCCACUGCAGCACUGUCUGUCAUGGAGAACCACCCUGCACCAUUGCUUGGCAUGCGGAGCCAUGCGCCCGCCGCAGUGCGAGAUAUACUCAGUCCCACCUCAGGCGCGUCCUUUGACACGGCUCCUGAGAAUACAGUUGUCCAUGCAUCGUCUCCCCCCCGUGACGUGACCCGCAUCGACUCGAGUCUUCUCGGGAAACGUUUGAUUGACCACGACACUGGAGUUGAACCACCCUCGAAGCGUCCCAGGCUUGUCGACGAGGCGGAUCCCACGUCUAGUCCUGUGUCUAGCGCUGGGACUACUGUAGUCGGAUCUCCUAUUGCUAACCAGGGGACGCUGAGCUCAGUGGCAGAAAGUGCCUUUCUCCCGGUCAGCAUGCUGCACAAGUCAACGGUUCUACCCUCUGUGGAUCCUUUGACACCGGUUCCUGCCUCUGCCCUGCUUGCCCUGCAACUCGCUGGUCUUCCGUUCUACGUGGCAUACGAAAUGUUCCGAGUGGCAAAUACUGGCAUCGCCGUGGAGGAGAUGGUGUCGAAUCCAAGGAAACUGGAGGCUCUCCGAAAGGCCUGCGAGGAGAUCGGGCCCGACAAAAAAAAUGACACGCUCGGCAAAAUCAGCAACAUCAUCUUAUCGUUUCUUCCUGGUGACAAGCGUCACACGUUUCUGAUGAAGACGAAAGUCUGGCAGGCACUGAUAGACGAAGCAUCCCUUCGAGACAAGGGAGACGGGCGAGAGCUGGGCAACGCUAAAAACUUCAAAGACAACCGCUAUGGUGGUAAGAAACGACCGCGUUUGACGGUGGAGCUCAAGGCGCCUUCUGUGGCAGUUUCGAACUCGAAUCGGCUCACCAGGCUGUACAGCUCCGAAGCCUUCUUAUGUCUCAAAAUAGAUGAUCCCGCUCUCAGAGGUGUCGAACCCUCAUACCUUUUGGAUUAUCUGCAUGAAGGCAUCCAGCUCGGAAAUGAUCUGUAUCACGCUUGGUUUAUCAAGGAAGGAACGGCGCUGUUCAUCAACACAUCGAUACGGAAGAAUCUCCCAGAUACCCGCAACCUUGAUUGCGACGAAUUCUUCAUCUGGUUUAUGGAGCAGCACAACCCUCCGAACUUAAACCAGAAACAGACAAGCGGGAAAUGGGCGAAACGAAUGCAGCUCCUGUGGAGUUCAUCUGUUCCCGGCCCCCGACUUGAGGCGGAAAAUAUUAAGAUGGUAGACGAUAUUAUCGCUCCCAGCUUCCGUCACUUACCGAAAGCACCGGCCGAACGCGAUAUGACCGACGGCGCUGGGCUCAUGACGUAUGCGGUCGCGCGAGACAUACAGGCUAGAUUGGGUCUGCGGCACCCACCGUGCGCUGUACAGUAUCGCACAGGCGGCUUGAAGGGGAUGUGGGUGUUGCGGGCUUUGACGUCUGACGAUGAUGGGCAUCGCUUCGUAUGGUAUCGCCCGUCACAACUCAAGAUCAGACAUAGUGAAAGUCAGCUAGAGAAAAAUGCACUUCGAACAAUCGAAGUGCUUUCUCCCUCAAAAUUAUCCGCGCCGGCCCGGCUUACCACACAACUCGUCGUUCUUUUGGCAGAGAAUGGCGUUCCCAACAAGCUUUUGGUCGACCUCAUGGUCAAGGCGCUCAAAUCAUCCCUCCUUCCUUUUUUCGAUAAGAAGUCGAAACCUGUACAUAUGGCCUUCGCACUGGAGGAGUUUUGUAACCUUAUGGUUCAGCGUCUUUCGCGCGCAGGGAGUCUCCUCCGGGGUGGAUCGGUAAGAGAGCUGGCCCAAGAAGAAGAGGAGGAGGAGGAAGAAGACUUUGAGGACCAUCCUGGGUCGUACGAGGAGUUGGCCUAUCUAUGUUUCCUCUCAGGAUUCACUCUUGGCGGCUCCGUCUAUCUGCGGAGAAAAGUUCGGGACAUUCUGAAGAAACUCAUUCAGGCAACCACCGCGGACAUCCGAUUCCGCAUUGAGCGAUGCGUCGACGGGAAGAUAGUUCCAGAUCCCACAGGGAAGCUGAAGCCAGGCGAGAUCUUUGUCCAAUUCCGAAGGGAGUACGACGUCACGGAUACUGAAUCGAUGAAAAUCCUCACCGGAGACGUACUGCUGUUGUACCAAGAAAAAAAGUUUUAUGCUGAAGGCAUCGUUAUCAAGAUGAAAGCAGUUGAUAUAGAUGAACUACACUAUAUGUACGAUGUCAUCGUUAUGUCGACUGAAGGCGAACGGUCUCCAGCUAGCAUGUUGGGUGGUGGGGACUACGAUGGAGAUCGUGCCACUGUCAUCUGGGAACCCCAGAUCGUCGAGCCUUUCAAAACCGCAGACCCCAAGUUUGCCGAUCAACCUGAGAACUUCGAUCGGUUUUUGGACAGGGACACAACGACUGUAGCCUCUUUGCUCCAAAAGAUGCACGGCUGGAAUGCCUCAGCGAUACGGUCCGAAAUCCAGAAAUAUUUGCUCUGCGAUCUACACAGUGACUUUCAAAUGCAAGGAUACAGCCAUAGGCACGACGUCGUACUGUAUCUGCUGGGAGCUAGUCAUCCUAAGGCAGUGGAAUUUGCACACAAAUACAUGGUUUCGUUGGAUUCAGCGAAGACGGGAGUGAAAGUCAAAGCGGAUGUGUAUGCCGAAGAUCGCGAGUACGAUCGUGAGCAUCCUUGGAAACCCCGGGAAGAGAAAUCGGGGCAGAAGUUUGCUUUGGGUCCAAGACCGAAGGAAUUGGGUACAUUUGUCCUGGACGACUUCAAGCAGGAGGCACGUCGUCUUGAAGAAAGGCUUCUGGUCAAAUAUGAAAGCCUCUACAGUCCGAAGGGGCCGAAUGGUGUUGAAGUGCUUCGAGAUUACCCACCAGACAAAGACCUUUGUGCUCCCUGGCGUGAGCUAGAAAUGCGGGAGGGCCAAGGCGUCGAUGGUGUUCGCCGCGCUAUCGUAACUCACGUCAAGGAGGCAUUCCUUAAGUAUAAGGCAAUGAACCAAGAAUAUGCGAAAGCCAUGGAUUCGGGCAAGCAUUUGACACGAACGCGUACGGAGAGAAUUCAGGAGCUCCGCGACUUCUACCGACAUGGACCGGCCGAGAAUAUUUGGCGGCCUGUCAUGACUCAAGAAGAAUGCGAUAUCUACAAGGCAUCGUAUUGCUACCUAUGGGAGAUGGAGCAAAACAGCAAUGAAAGGGGCGAAUUCCCGUUCGAGGUUGCACAUUAUACGCUGUGUUCCAUUAAAGCUCGUGCCAGCAACUCCGGAGCGGUUGCUAUCACAAGCGGCGCUUGUAAAAUAUUCUACGAAUUGACAGGCGUCUGUUGAAAACAACUUCAAUUACUGUGGAAUAUGAUGACGACUGAGGCGUCAGACCGGCACUUGGGGCGUGCUGGACGAGAGAGAACAUGUGAACCUCGUGGAUAGAACGAUGCACAUCAUUGUGAGCAAUAAUGCUGAAACGGAGUCAACAGCGCAUGGACACAUGUAUCAUUAUCACCGGUGUACAAAUAUAGAGCAACCCAAAAAAGCGGCAUCACAUACGUCUACAAUCUGUCAGGAAUCGUGUCCCGGGCCAAAUCCAGCAUCGAGAAUCAGUCCUUGUCUUCCUAGCCUGAUCAUGGCAUUCAAACAGUCUCCAAUGUUGUCAUAUUCUCGCCAGGAAGGAUUUUCACCAGAUCGUGAGCUCUGUGCCUCAUCAAGUGACUGUAACGCCCGCAGCCGGAGCGCGAGCCAAUGAAGCGUCUUGACUCGCCGAACGAAUUCUUUGACAUCCUCCUCUUCACCAUACACGUAGAUAAUGCCGGGCCAUCCGAGCUUCGCGUAGCCGUUAACACUCAGCUCUGAUGACCAUACAUGCAACGCUCGACGUUUGGAGGACGAUCUGAGGUGGUGGGAAGUGAAGAGGGCGUGGUAGGGGCGUUUUUGCGCUUUGAUAGCCCCAGGCGGCUCAGAAGAGGAAAGCUGAGACGACACGAUCGUUGCUUGUGUUUGGAGCAGAGGCAAUAGACGGGGGGAUACUAACUCGUACAUAGGGUACUGCGUACCGGGUUCCAUGGCAUCCUGCGCUUCUCAGAUCCUCGACUUCCAAACCUCUCCUUCCUCUCUCCCAAUAUCCCCCGAUGGUAUAACUUCAAAAUCCUUCAAAUUAGGAUAUCUUACGCAUGGUGAUACUCGUAAUGCGACAUGCAACUUCUUCACAGAGACUACGAAUUCGGGUGGUUGGAUGUCGUCCUCGUUGAGGGCGGGUGAUGAUCCGGUCGCGUGCGCGUCGAGCAAUGCGUCCCAGUCCAACUGAUCGGAUGGAUCGCCGUCGAAUAUCAGCGUCUCGUUAGGCAACAACGACGACCGGAUAAUUAGAAGCUCGUCAAGAAGAGUAAGCAGGGUAGAUGAGGCGAUCUGUCGAGAAGAUGUGGACGACAUGCAGAGGAGGAACUUGCGAAAGACUGCUGACCGAGAAUCCCACCACCUCUAAAUACCGAUUAUUGUACGUCCGCAUCGGCACCUCAACAACGAAUCCGACUCCU